CCUCGCUCGCUAUCAUCCCGGCAAGGACCUUAGCCGCGUGCGCCUUAGCGCGCUGCGCCCCUGGGGCUCCCCAAGGCGGAGGCGCACGAAGCCCCUGUGCGCGCUGCUCUCUCCCCCUUCUCCAGCUGCUAGUGAUGUGGGGCCGAUCUCCCUUCCCUAGCUAGUGCAUCUCCCUGCGCCCCACGCCUAGGCACCAAUCUCUCCCCGCACCCACCCACUUCUCCUCCUCUCCCCCGGCGCCUGCCCCUUCCCGGGACUCCACGGAGCGUCCCCAGCAGCCGCGGGUCCCGGGCACCCCCCGCUCGCCAGACCCGCCGCGCCCCUCUCGGAGAGGGCAGGAGAGUGAUGGUCGGCUCCGCUCAGGUCCAAGUGGUUGAAAGGUGAAUCCGCCUCCAUUUCCGCCCGGCGACGGAGCCCUGCCCACCGCGGGGAGUAGAGGGAGCCGGCGCACCGCCACUCCGGGCGCAGCAGGGCUGGGGGACGCCUGCAAAAUGGUCAGCUCCGCCGGGGAGACUGCAGUGGUCGCUCUGGGUAUUUUACUAGCUGUGUGCCAUGCCUUGGAGAACACAACAUCUGCCUUGAGUGGUCCCCCAGUGGCUGCCGCAGUCCGAUCCCAUUUUAACGACUGUCCCGACUCCCACAGUCAGUUCUGCUUCCACGGGACCUGCAGGUUUCUGGUGCAAGAGGAGAAGCCAGCAUGUGUCUGCCAUUCUGGGUUCGUCGGGACACGAUGCGAACACGCAGACCUCCUUGCAGUGGUAGCUGCCAAUCAGAAGAAACAAACCAUCACUGCCUUAGUGGUGGUUUCAGUGGUAGCGUCUGUCAUCCUUAUUGUGGCUUGUGUACUAAUACACUGCUGUCAGAUAAGAAAACAUUGUGAGUGGUGCCGAGCCUUCAUCUGCAGACACGAGAAGCCCAGCGGGCUCCUGAAGGGGGGAACUUCCUGUUGCCAUUCAGAGACCGUGGUCUGAAGGAGAAUUGGAUCUGACCAAUAUAUUAAUUGCCAUGGCCAGAUGGGACUACUGCAGUAUAAUAAAGGAGGCCUACCCCAUUCCAGAGAAGAACAUUUUUCCACGGAAGAAAAUGCUCUGGAGGGGACUAGUAUCAAGCAUACGCUACAUUACCUUGACUCUUCAUAUGCAUCCUGUAUUAUAUGCUGAGCUUUCAGAACCUUGCCAAAUCGAGGGCACCAUCUCCAUGGGGCUACCCAAUGUGAAGCCAUGAACUAAUGAGUAGACCACAUCUCCACAACCAUGGAAUCUUAAAGACUGUUUUACGAGACUUCAGACUCGGACACAAGAGAACUGCACGUGGGUCAGCUUCAUGUUUAUGUAGAUGUGACAAUUUGUGUGGUGGGGAGUAGGUUUGACACCAGUGAUUGGGGGGGGAAAAAAGUGUGUACAGUUCAGGUUGGAGAUAGCUUAUGAGAACAGUCUGUCCGUAUCUGUCCUGCUUUAAGACUUUACGGAACUUACCUGAAGGCUGGGUCUUUGGUUCAUGCAUUUGUUACAUCCUCAUUGGGAGGAGCAGUUGCAGGUCCCUGUUUUCAAAAGGGAGAACCCAACGCUUUCGAAGGAACAUCCUAUUUGCCUGACUGCGAUUUUUUUUUUUUUCUUUUUUUUUUUUUUUUUUCCUUUGUGCUGCUGCUGCCAUUGGGACAUUCGCCCUGCCAGAUGAGAUCUGGGGGGUAAUACGGGACGAGGUGAACUGGCCAGGAUUAUCCUGUCCCUUUCUGAUGAUAUUCAAUUCCUUUUCAUCAGGAGACAAGUUGCAAGAGAAAAAUAGCAACGCUCAAGCCAGUGUGUGUGUGGGGGGGGGGGGCAAAAUGUGUUCACGCCCCACAAUCCUUUGCAUUUUAAAUGUGAUGGCAGAAAAUAUUCCAAGUUAUUGAGGCAGAAAAAUGUGUUUGGGGGUUAAAUGUCUUUGGUGUUCUUGGAAAGCUGAAAAAAUGGGACCUGGAGAUGAUAACCAUAACAAAAUGGUGGCCAUUGGGGUGGUGGAAAUCUAGGCAUUUAGAGCCUGAUCCAAAGCUUAUUAAAGUCUUUCCAAUGUCUGUAAUGGGUUUGAAUGAGGCCCUUAGACUUGUGGCUUUUUGCAUUUCUUUAUGCUCACUAGGGACCGUUCAGAAAACUUUAGGAGUUGCUAUGUUAUGACAGCAGAAAACCUAGGGCCCAAUCCUGCAAACCCUUCCACACUGGAAUAGAUGUAAUUGGAUAAGAUAAGGGGGGUUUGAUUUUGAUCUUGCUUACACUGGUGUAACUCCAUUGGUUACUCCUAGUUUACUCUAGAGUGAGAUCAGAAUCAGGCCCUCUUAAGUAAAUAGGACUAUUCCCUGGAGUAUGGAUUAUAACUUGUAGGUAAAUGUUUACACACACCUAGUCGGUCUUUGAGUCUGAGAGGAUAAACACACACUGUACAUGAUGCAAUUGGAUAACAAACUUGACAGUCCCACCUGUGAAAUAUUCUUCUGAAUGUUGAUCUGAACUUUCCUUCCAGAUCUGCCUGGCAAAAUACAGUCCUAGAGCCAAAUUCACUUUUAUGGGCCUAAGUGAGGCCUAUCCCUCCACUGAUGUCAGUGAAGUUUCCCAACAGGUGUAAACAGGGGAAUUUGUCCCUAGGUUUGUCCUGAUUGUUGAAGAGCAUAAUUUCACCCUUUUUGUUUAGAAGCAAAAUGUUACAGGAGGAAUGCUUGCAACUUUAACCCAGAUCAUAGUAAGGAAAAUAGGAACAACAGUUUUGUUUCCCAUUUAUCUUGUAUAGAGAAACAACUGCCUUACUUAUUCAUUUUCAGACUCUUACCUAAAGGAAACGACAAUCUUAUGAACUUCUGGUUUCCUAUAAUAUAGCAACCUAACAACUGGCACCAGAGGAAAUUUCGAAAUAGAUAUACACAAGUGAUGGUUUGCGCCAUAAUCUUAAUUGAGAGAGAGCAGCAUGUUUAAACCCUUUGCUGGACCUUGCGCCUUGACUCGGAGUCUGACGCAGACUUACAAUGAACCUGAUUCUACACCUAUUAAGUCCACUCCCCUUGAUUUCCUAUGGAGGCAGAUUGACCCCCAACCAAGAUGGCUUUCGUCCAUCUCUGCCCAGGAUUUUUUCCCCCCACUCAGUUUAAUUCUUUGAUUUAUUUUUAAAGCUGAUUUUGAAAAAAUAAUUUUAAAAUAGCAGCAUCUCUGUCUGAGAGGUGGAUCUGGAUUAUUCCCUUUGGCAGUGAAGCUGCAGGCACUGCAUCUUGAGGGUGUGGCAGCAGGGUGUGUGGUCUGGUCAAUUUCUGAGCUGUACAUGUGAUUCCAUCAGUGAUUCUAGGAGUCUGUCAAAGAGGAAAAACCCAACGCAUCUAAUGUCCUGAUUCUGUAAAGCAGUCCUGAUCAGCAAAGCACUUAAGCAGUUGCUUAAAAACUUUAAGCAGAUGCUUAAGCGCUUUCCUGAAUCGGGGAGUAAUUGCUGAAUUACCCACAUUUCUCCGAUAUCUUUUAAAACAUUCGAGGGCCCUCUCUUCUGUUGGCUCAAAACGACUGGAGAAGAAAUAUCUGAACUGAAAUGCCAUGUAACUGUUCUGCAGCAGCUUAAUAAUUCUGCUCCAUCUGAGAUCCCUUAAAUCUCUGUUUUGUAGGGAGGGACCCUAUUGGUCUGUUCUUGGUUUCUGAGCACUUCAGGAAACUUGGGGCCAAAUUUCCUGCUGGCAUAAGUGGCCAUAAAUUCUAUUGAUAUCAGUGGCACGCUGACCAUUUCUGUUGGUGGCAAAUUCAGCCCUUAAUAUUGAAGCGGCAUUGCUGAUGGCCAUAAUUACAAGGGCUGUAUAAAUAGCUUAGCCCUGCUUUUUAGGACACGGGCUUUAACCUCUAACAUAGGGCUCCCAAGAAAAGUUCAAUCUCAUUUUUAGUGUCCCUUUUCACCUUAAAACAUGCAGAAUGCUCCAGCCAGGAGGAGUGGGGAUGGUGUUUUUAGCACACUGAUGCUUUUUUAAAAAAUUGCAUUAAAAUGUCUUAUGGAAGCUGUGCAUUGAGGGGCCAAUUCCACAAGGGGCCAAGUCCCUUAUGUUGCCUCUGGCCAGCUCUCCGCACCCUGCAGGAGAGUGCUCUUUCUCUCUCUUUUGCUUUUUAUAUGGGGACUAAGACUAAAGAAUUGAUUUCUUGUAGCCUAAAUUAUUUAGGCUUCUCUUCACGCCUUGAUGCACGUGCCCAUUGGGGCUGUUAUGCUUUAUUUCACAAGCCUUGUUCCUUUCAUAGGCCUGACCCUGUAGCCUGUACCAAUAUACAUGAGCAGAGGAAUGGUUCUUGUGACUAACGGUUGGGCUUGUAGUUCUCUGACCACCCCACCUUGUCCUCAGACCUUCCAGGGACGGUCCUUCUCAGGAAGAUGUAUUGCCAUUAGCGCUGGGUGCACCCCAAGAAGUUCAUAGAAAUUCAUUCAAAAGCCCGGGUCAGAUUUGCCUUGUGGAUGAUGAUCUGACACUCUUCACCCAUCCCUAAUGGCGGCAUGGUUUUAAGCCUGACUGCUGCUUUAACAUCCAACUCGGAUGUUUCGCAUGUUAAGAUGGCACUAACACACAGGUAUCUGAUACUCAACUAGGCAUGUCUCCCCUAGGGGCAGCUCUGUCCCUCUGUAUUACCUAGAAAUAUAUUGAUAGGCAAGAAGCUCACACAUGCCUCCUGAGUUGACCCACUAGUGGGAAUGUUCAUGCAUCCACUAAUUCGAUCUUUAAAAACAAGGGGGGAAAGAUCCUCAGCUGAUGUGAAUUAACAUUUCUAUUUACUUAAAUGGAGCAAUCCCAGUUGAGGAUUUAAUCUAGGUUUUCAGACACUUUCCAGCACUGAAUUCUUGCCUCCGCCCCCCCCCCC